AACUUACAAGGCAGAUAAAGUAACACAGUUGUUUCUGUAUUUUUAUUAACUUUAAUUGAUUGAAACAACAUAUUAUUACUUUAAUUCAGUUUAAAUUUAUUAUAUGAACGCAGUGUGCUUUUUCGUUAGCAAUGUGCUACAGUCUCAAGUCAUACUGAAAAUUAUUAGUAGCACAAGUGUUGUGAAGAUGACAACCAUGAUUCAUGGAAUGGUGAACGUAAACAUGGAUAACUCCAAGUAUACACUUCCAGAAGAGUGUGAUGAAUCUCAAAUGGCAGUAACUCAGAAAUCUGUGAUAAACAUGAGUCAACCAAAGGACGCAAUUAUACGAAUUGACGUGCCAAACACCGGUAGAAAUGGCACGAAAACCGAAACAGCAGAAAUCAACAUUCUAUGUUUUAAUUUAACACCGUAUAGCCAAUUGACACAAUUCAUGUGUUGUUCCAUUUUCGUAUUUGUAUUUUAUUUAGCCUAUGGAUAUUUUCUAGAAUUAAUAUUUGCGAAAUCUGAAGUGAAACCAGUUAGUUUGUAUAUAACUUUAGUACAAUUUUUAAUGACUAUGGCAUUGAGCUACGUUGAGUCCCUGAUAAGGAAUCCUAUUAAACGGAAAGUACCUCUCAAAACAUACGCAUUAUUAGCAGCUCUAACACUUGGGACCAUGUCAUUCUCAAACCUAGCACUGAGCUACCUCAACUACCCAACACAGCUGAUAUUCAAGAGCUGCAAGCUAAUACCUGUGAUGAUUGGCAGUAUUAUUAUAAUGGGCAAGCGGUAUGGGUUCCUGGACUAUGUGGCUGCUGUUGUCAUGUGUAUUGGACUCACUAUGUUUACGCUGGCAGACUCCAGCACCUCACACAACUUCAACUUUGUGGGCAUCAUAGUAAUAUCUCUAGCGUUACUCUGCGACGCCAUCAUAGGCAAUGUGCAGGAGAAAGCCAUGAAAAAGCACCAUGCUUCUAACAAUGAGGUCGUGUUCUACUCGUAUGCCUUCGGGUGUGUUUAUCUUGUGGCUAUCACGGGGGUGUCUGGUAUACUGACUGCGGGCUUCGAGUUUUGUUUGCAGAAUCCUCUAUCAAUGUACAUGAAUAUCUUCCUGCUAAGUCUGAGCGGCUACAUGGGUUUGCAAGCAGUGCUCACUCUAGUGCGAAUAUGUGGCGCCACCGUCGCUGUAACGGUAACCACGUUUAGAAAGGCGCUCUCCAUUAUAAUAUCGUUCUUGUUGUUCAGCAAGCCUUUUGUGUUUCAAUACGUAUGGUCAGGUAUGCUGGUUGUAUUAGCAAUAUACCUGAACCAUUACAGCAAGAAGCAUCCGAACUACGUCCCAGCUCCUAUACUCAGAUGUUGGCACUACAUGGAUAAUAUCUACCAGUCUGAAUACCGGUACUUGAGGAUUAAGAGCAAAAUGUAUGCUGAUACUGUGUAAAUAUAAUUAAUAUUUAUAUCAAAUAUGUAA